AUGUUCACUAUGCCCUGGACAGCGACUCGAGCUUUUCCCCACCCGCUGGCGAACAUUCAACGCAGCAAGAAUUUGGAGCCGCAGGUCACGAACUGGUUGUCAUAUGGCGUUGUUGAGUUGAUGACCUGGCAGGGUCUGGGCGAUGUCAUCAACAGCUGGCGAAGAAAAGAUCUUCAACUCGCCCCGAUUUCCGCCAGCAUGGGGCCAGGCGUGACAAUCUUUCUCAAGAUCCCGCACACAUACUGCUGGUCACCGGCCGUGGUUCCCAAGCCUGCCGAUUGGGGUCCAGAGAUUGAUGUAUGUGGCUUCUUUAUGCGGGAUGAGCCAUCCUACAAGCCACCUGCCGACUUGGACGCCUUUCUUUCAGCCGGCCCGCCUCCGUUGUAUGUCGGGUUCGGUAGUAUCGUUGUCGACGACCCGGGACGUCUGACAGAUGUGAUCCUCGAGGCCGCAGAUAUUUGCGGCACCCGUGUCAUCAUCUCGCGAGGAUGGAGCAAGCUCGGCGAGGGGAAGGCAAACAGAGACAGCGUGUUCUACCUCGGAGAUUGUCCACACGAGUGGCUGUUUAAAAGAGUGUCAGCCGUAGUUCAUCAUGGAGGCGCUGGAACGACGGCUUGUGGCCUCAUCAACGCGAGACCAACUGUUAUUGUGCCGUUUUUCGGUGACCAGCCGUUUUGGGGCCGGGUCAUUGCAAAGUCAGGAGCGGGACCCUUACCAAUUCCUCAGAAAGAGCUUCACACGCAGAAGCUCGUAGAGGCUAUUCGGUACUGCCUCUCGCCCGAUGCCACUCAUGCGGUGCAAGAAGUAUCAAGCGCCAUGCGACAAGAACGCGGCAUAGGUAAUGCUACAGGAUCGUUCCAUCGUAACAUUCCUGCCAACGAUCUCAGCUGCGAUUUGAUUCUAGGCCAGCGCGCCGCCUGGCUGUUUGAGAAACAGUCCAAAACGGGCACCAAGCAGAUGAGACUUUCGAUCCAAGCAGCGUCAUCUCUGACCCAUGCGAAGAAGAUCAAGAUAGUACGACACCGAUGGGAUCCCAUCACCGGUGGUGCCUCUUCACUCCUAGGCAUCGUCACAGACUUCACCGUCGCUCUGGGCGGCACCUUUAUCGAUCCUUGGAAGGAGUACAAGCGUUACCGGGCCUCUGGUCAUGAGGCCGGCCCAGCGACUGGUGCAGCCGCAGUGGCCAUUGGCAAGGGAUUUGCCUCCAUGUCUGGGGCGAUCGUCAAGGGCGGCCUUGUGAGCAUGCCCCUCGCCAUCACAGAAGGCCUUCACAACGCUCCCAGUCUGUACGGCGAUAAGGUGCGAGACAAUGGCAAGGUAGAAGACUGGAAGAGCGGAGGAGUUGUAGCCGCAAAGACCUUUGGAACUGGAUUCUAUGACGGGCUGACGGGUGUCUUCACCGAUCCCUACAAAGGCGCGAAGGAAGGAGGUGCUCUUGGAUUAGCAAAGGGAGUUGCCCCGGGAUCGUUCGGCCUUAUUCUCAAGCCAGGAGCUGAUGAUAUUUGGCAAAAGUUUUCGGUCCAAGCUAACCCGGCGGCGUGCCUAGCAAUGUUCGGACUCGUCGCAUACCCUGCCCAAGGAAUUCAUAAAUCCCUCAAAGCAAGGACCGGUCGCAGCCAUGAAGUGUUGAAGGCGAAAACCGCGCUCUUGGACCACGAGCAACGACAGAACAACGGGAACCCCCGCGACGGAAGCAAGGUCCUGCAGGUGUUCGACGCUUACUUUACGCAAUAG